GGCACUGCCCCAGGGCAGUGACCCCAGGGAGAGGAGCGGUGAGAAGGAGCUGUCCCAAAUUGCACAGCUGUUUGCUGAGUGACGGUGAGUCGGAGCCCUCAGCUAUCCUCAUUUAAAAAGGGUGGUCAGGUAUGUAUCGUAGCAAAUUUAAAGCUUAGGCUGGUUGUUCUGGUGAGAAGUCUAAUUUACCGUAAUUGCCUUUUUUUUUUAAUAAUGAGCCGAUCCAUUUGGGAUGUCUCAAUAACCAUUACCUAGUUAAGAUGAUGGCUUAAUUUGGAGCUGCUGUUACGAGUGUGGGCACGCUGGCCUCGAGCUGCUCGGUCUGGGUGCUGCGGUGUGAUGCUUCAAGGCUGCAGAGAUUGACUUUUGAACUGUACAAAAACUUUCACUGACUUGCACGGGAGCUGUUCAAUGAGAGGUGAAAGGAGCACUCAGGAUAUGAGUGAAUACAAAUAUCUUCUGGUUUUGUGGGUUUGUAAGUUCCCAUAAAUCAGUCAGCGAGUUCCCAGUUGUGACAACCGCAUGUCCCGUGCUCGGGCACUGCAGCUGCCACAAACCCCAGCAAAGGCUGCAGUCAGCCCAUAAGGAGCAGCAAGGCAGACGAGUGGCAUUUAAAACACAGGGCACAGUCUGGCAGAUUUCUGCCUUGGUUUUUUUUCAGACUGUCAGUGCACCAGCAGACUCUUAGAACCACCCUCCCUUUCCUCCGUGUCCCCCACCUUGCUACUUUUAUCAAGCAACGGAAAUCCAUGGAGGGAUUUUCUAGGAGAAGUGAGAUGAAAGCUUUUAUGGGCUUGUUUGUAAGGAUUUCGUAGAAUCACAGAAUGGCUUCGGUUGGAAGGGGCCUGAAGGAUCAUCCAAUUCCAACCUCCUGCUGUGGGCAGGCAGUAGAUCAGACUCAGUAUUUUGUACUGCUUGUUCUAAGGAAAUGCUUGUGUUAAUGAGCACUCAUCGUGAAACAUGGGAAAGAAAUUGGUUAGAAGAGGAAGCGGGACGAUCCAUGAGUCCCCACUUUCCUCUGUCUUUACAGGAGCUAGGGUCCAUAUGGGGCAGCAGCCAGUCCGGCUGCUUCCUGACCUGCCCAGUGGGAUCCCCAUCCAGGGACCCGGGCCUACCCUGCUUGGCUCAAGACUGGGGAGAUUGCAGCACAAACGAGGCGCUUUGUUUCACAUCGUGGAUGCACCGAUUAAACCUCGUAGUUAGGAGACUGGGCAUACUGAUGUUCUCUCCCUCUUUUGCAUUGCACAACAGUACAGACACCCAGACAUCUGCGAGCUAGCAGAUUUGAUCUGUGUUCCUAAGGAUUAUGAAAUUCUGGUUGUAUAUAAAUUUGCUGUCUGAAGCAUGAUUUAUGAAGGGUGCCUUGCCUCUUGUAACUAGCAUUAUCUCCCUUUCUUUAGGUUUGCGAGGCAGAUGUUCUGACUUCUCCAGUAUGCUGUCCAUAAUGUGGUUUUUCCUCAUCUUCUGUGCUGCCUACUUACUUUCUGAAGCUGUUCAGCUGAUAAGCAAAAAACUUUAUCUUCCUUAGCAUUUGGGCCUGGUGCUGGCUGGAUUACCAAAAAUGCAAAGCAAGGCGUGCAUUUGUUUUGCACUGUUCAGGAGCUAUCUAAAAUACUUGGAAGCAUGUGGUGGUUCUUAUUUUUGUUCCAUUUCCUCAAUCCUCUGUUAUAAGUGCACUUUCUCUUGCUAAUCUGCUGUCUGAAAUACUCUUUGUUCGGGAAACGAAGUCUAUUUCUGUUGUAAUCAGGGCUAAGAAUUCAGCUGCAGGGUCACUCUGGUACUGCAGAGUUCACUGACCACGUUUUGCUGCUGGCAGUCCCAGCUUUGGUCCCUUUACACAGAUCAAUGCCAGGCUAACCCCAUUUAUUGCUACUACUGAAUCAAAGCUCUGCUGCUUCUACUUAAUUUAGCUCAAAAUAGACAUAAUGCAAACAAGCGUCAGCAUGGCAAAAGAGCGAGAAGAAGGGGAGGAAGAAAAAAGGUGUGUUUGGGUUUUGGUUUGUUGGUUUGUUUUUUUUUUGAAUUGAAGAUACCAAAUGGUGCCAGGAUUCAGAUGGGAGGAAUUAGUUUGCACUGUGUUAUUGGACUCUUUAUAAAAAAUAAUAGUCAUCGUUGAUUCUGAUCUGUGCGGUAGGGUUUAUCUGUCUGUCUGUCUGUCUGUCUUCCAUUUCCUUUUUGUGUUCAAGAUCUCUUCUAAUAUAACAGCUACUGCUUCAGCUUAGGCACACAUUCUGAUUUCUUCUGGGUUUUGUAGUCCCACCGAUGUCACCCCAGUUUGCGUUGUCUUGGUCAUGUGAGGUGAGCCUCCAUCCUUACUACUGGGUACCCAUCACCAAUUACCUCUGCUUCAGCCUCAUGGAAACUUGCAGACUGGCUUGUGGUCAGGUGAAGUUCCUGCUGGCAGGAGCGCUGUUCUUUGUGAAGCUAACCGAUGUUGAGCCUUUUGUAAGGUCCGUCACGGUGAGGUGGGUUACAAGGCCUUGUUUAAGUGAACGGGGCAGGUAACACUGCUGUGGCUAUCAUGCUUUGUGACUGCACUGUAUUUUUUUUCUGUAGCUGUGGCACACCUCUAUCUGAGAAAACAUCGGGCUCCUGAGGAUGUUACUUGGAGCUGAGAUGACAGGACCUUUAUGGCGUGGUUGGCAACCCGCCACUGUUUCCAGCUAGGACUGGAUUUAUAAAUUCCACUGCCACACCUCAUUCCACACAGCUUUCAAAUAUGUGCAGUAAGGCACACACAUACCCUCACUGCUUGUUGUCUCCUGGGCUGCAGCCCUGUUCCCUCUGCAGGGCAGCAUGGAUGGAAAUCCCGAGAUUUAGUGUUUCUGAUAAACAUGAAGAGAUCCCAUCCUUCCACUCCGCUCCUUCCCCUAACUCAUCCCCUUCAGUUCUGCAGCUCCAGGGCACCGCUCAGCAGAAAUCAAGUGUUCAGUGUGUGUAUGUCUAUAAUGGGAUUUAAGAUGACAGCCAUGAGACAAAUCCAUCGUUUAGGAAUUGUUGAAGUUAAUUUCUGCCCCCUCUGCUACAUGCUCAUCACAGGUCUUCUGAAACUUUCCCUCUUUGCUCCAAGUGCUCUUAUUUUGUCAUUACAAUUCAGCUGUUCCUGAAGGCAAGCUUUUGUUCCGUGGAAGAGACCAAAGCAAAGCUUAAAUGUUUUUUGUGUUUCACCACCCUUCUCCACACUCUCGCAAAUUAAAUGCCUCCUCCUCCAGCCUACCCUUUUCUCUUCUGGCAGGGCUCUGUUGCCCCAACAAGGGAAGCUUUGUCUCCCCUCUCCCACUCCCAGCACACGCUUGGCUUCCCCAUUGCCUUCUGUUUUUGCCUCUUGGAGACUCUGCAGCCUCCCUGCUUUCCUGCCUGGUAUGAUGGGACAGAGCUGCAGGUGUCCUGUGCCACGUCCCUGAACACAGGGUGGGCAGCGCAUCAAGUCCUAGGCUUUCUGGCCUUUUCCCCAAGCUUACCCACUUUCAGAGAAAGUCCUUUGCAGGAUUAUCCUCCAGAUUCAAUCUGGAUUUGCUCUUUCAACACCCUGAGAUGUAUCACUGUGUGACUGUCCCUUCGUGAGCUGUUAAGUCUUCCUCGCGUGAUGCUUCCUUCCAUUCCUCAUAUGUCCAUUGGAAGCUAGUGGUUUUGUUUUGAUUUUUAUUCACAUUAAGGCAGUAGUUUUGUGAAGAACAGCCUAAGUGUUGGCAGUCCGCUGCAUGGUGCAUUUGACUAGCAUUCUCCACAGCAUGCAGUGUCUCAUUCCCUGUGUGCCUGGGAGAAGCCUCCAGUGGUGUCUCCUUGAUAAAUAAGAGACAGGGUCUCAAAAUCAUUGUUUGUUGUGUGGUUUGCUUUUUCUUCUUCUUUUCUUUUUUUUCUUUUUGUGUUUUUGUUUGUUUUGGUUUUGGUUGUUUGUUUUGUUUCAGGUAGAGGUAGGAUUCCGUUCCUGCCUACUUUGUGUAGAAAAUAUUUUUUAACCUAGUUUUUUUUCCUUGGAAGUCAAACUCAUUUUGCUGCAUUAAGUCAUUUAGAUUUGAUUGGAAAUCAAAUAAAUUUUGAUGCAUUAGGGCUGCUCUGAAAGUAAUGCCUCCUAUUUUAUGUUGGCCUGUGACAUCUGAGGCGGAUGUUGGUGCUAUGGCAGAUGUUGAACCUUCUCACCAAUAUCCCAAUAUCCACGUAAUGAGUGUUGCUACCAUGUGACAAAUGGCAGCAGAGGAGGAAUCUGACAAAUUGAUGUCUGAUAUGGAAGUGCGUAUGAAGCAAUGGUGCGUCACUGAAUUCCUCUGUGUGGAGAAAAUGGUACCAGAUCUUAAGUUAUCGUGUCUUCUAAGCACACCAUUAUUAUAUACUCAAACUUUUAUCCUAAAUAUUUUUAGAUAGACCCGGUCCUUGUGGCUUGAUCCUUCUCUGAAGUAUUUUGUGUGUGUGUGUAUUGCAGAAGCCAGGUGUAGUUCAGAGUGGUUUAUUUUGGACCUGAGCUAUUUAUAGAGGGUGCGUCCCCUUGUUAGCAUGGUCUUACUAGUUUGUACCACUGGUUAUUACCACUCAAGAUGCUCAUUGGAGUUGAUUUCUGUGGCUCUUGUUAGGUGAAGUCUUCCCCCCACAGAGGUAAAAGAUUUCUUCAGGUGUUGUUUUGAAUGAGAACAAUUUCACAUUAAGCUUACUGCCUCAGCAGUGUUUAAAUUAGGCUAACUAACCUCUUGGCAAUGGCCAACUUCUCCAAGAACUCAGUUACAGAAUAACCUACCAAAAAGAGAAAUUUAAUACCUGAACUCCUUCCACAUGGGGUUGGUCCAGUUCUUGCCAGUGGCAGUGCAUGCCCUUAGGUUGUCUGAUGUAGCUUCUGUAUGUUUUAAAAAUGAAGCAACUUUGUGUAAUACAAGCUUGGCUUUUAUUUUCUUGGUAAAGCUGCCUGUUGCCCUUUUUCUUUCUAGCUGUCCCAGAAUCAUCUUGUUUGGUCAUUCGGAAGAAUACAGAAAUACUGCUGGCUUCUAUGUUACAGUAUACCUAUCUUUAGCAUGAGUUUGAUGAUGUGUCUUUAUUUUUUUCUUGGCAGUUUGAAAUGCAUGUUGUGUGUUAGAGAAAUUAAAAACCAUUAGCUAGAGAAAGUUAAGGUAGGUAGUUUUUUGCUGAGGGACAGACAUGGUCUUUAAUGCUUCUUUAGACAUAUUCAUUUCUUUUUGUUGUCCAAGCACUGGCACUUCGUGUGUUUAGUAAUAACCAAAGCCCAAAACCAGACUCAGAAACAGCCGAUGCAAAGUUAAUGAAUAUUAUAUGACACUUUUCCUGAUAUUCUGAGGGGGUGUGUGUGGUCUAUUGCAGUGUCAGACCAAGCAGAAGUCUUUUAAUAUGAAAUUGCGAGUUUGCUGAGCUAGUUAGCAGAAACCCUUCUGUCUAAAACUAGUUAGCCAGCUGCUGCUUCAUGAAGUUGGCGAUAGCAGUGAUGGCUUCAGCAUGCAUACGGCUCAUGGUUAUAUAGAUUUGUGGUUAAUCCACCCUUGUGGGCAAAAAACGCUAAAAUUAGCUGGCAAAUGGGUGUUUUUAUUGUGUGAGCUACUACGACUACUUGGAGGAAUCCCUACAGGUCUGAAAACAAUAAUAAUCAAAAUUGUAUUUCUUAGCCUUGGAUCCAAAAGUAUCUUUUACACAUAAUGGAAUCAAAUGAACCAAAUCUAAAGUAUGCUUUGUUCCUAUGCCAUAUGUUCGCCGUCUUGCCAAGCACGCUUCUCUCCUCCUAGAGCAGGAUCCUGUGUUCGCCUCUCCUCAAAUCCUGCCCUUCAUAUCAUGCAAAAAAGUCACUGCUUGACCUGACAGUUGUGUGGAUACCAUUCCUUUUCUCUUUUCGUCUCUAAGUGUUUUCCCAGUGUUUAAGAAAACUUCAAAACAAAACGAAACAAAAAAAACAGAGAAGAGGUAAAAGCAAACUAAAAAGUACUGCAUUAAUGAAGCCUUUUAAGUUUAAUUGAGGACUUCAGCCCCUUUCCACUAGCUGCCUCAAAGCGUACCUCCUUCUAUGAUGGCUUUAACAUCCAAAGAGCAUCAGUGUUUUGGUAUGGAGCAGGGGUAGGAAAGUGUCUGGGUGGCCGAGGGCUGUUUACUCAGCUCCUGUAUGCAGUGGUGUGUCCAUAGCCUGCUAGAAUUGCUCUUGGGAUACCUCAACCAUCUUGUGUCACUUUGCGUAUGUGCCUUCAACAUAAGCCUGAUUCCCCUCCCAGCACCUGUAUGUUGUUAUGCUGCCUGUCCCAAGGUAUUAAGUAACCUACAUGCGUUUUGAAACAGCUAAUGAUAAAUAAGGCGAUUUCUCUCACGAUAGUGCUUGGACUUUUUCAUUCUCCUGCUUAUUAUGAAAUAUGUAGGCUGAUAAUUUUAAUGAGAGUUACAAGAGGAGAGAGAAACUUUUAGCCAGCCCUGGAAAUGCAUGGGAUCAUUUUAGAGCUGAGUAAGCUCUCCUUAUUGCAAUCUGCAUUAACCAGGACUUCCGAAAAGCCUGUUGUUUCAGUCUGAUCAGCUCUGAUGAAGUUCCAGCAAGACUCAUUUUGCCAAGGAAAUUCAACCAUGUUCUCUCCAGCUCUUGCAGCACUUCACAGGCUGGUGUGCCCAGCUGUGCCUGCAUCCAGAGGAGGAGGCUGUGAGAGUAGCGUGUAGGAUACGGAGCAAGGGAGACUCGUCCUGAGGGCCCACUGGGGCCAGAGCCUCUGAGACAAGGAGGACGUAGCAGUUGAAACUGUCCUGUCAGACCUGAUGGCACCACUGCAGCCCAGACAUCUCCUCAGAGAGCUACCAUCAGUGUAAAGGUGAAGAAGAAGAAAAAAGAGCAUUGAUAUGUGUGAAGUGCAAAAAGUCUAAAGACUUUUUGCAAAGGGUCCGAGCCACUUCCUUUGUGUCUGUUCUUCAGAAUGAAGGUGAAGAGAAGGCACUGCCACGGCACUUAGGAGACUGAGAAGCAUCUGGCAUACUCUGUGCUGUGCAUGGUCAUCUCUGAACACCUUGCAGGGCUGUCUGAGGGGCCAGCACAACCUGGUGUUCUCUGCAGAUGUGGCGUACCAUGGCCAAAACCAGAGAACUCACUGUGAGGACGUCACUAGUCAUGGAGGAUACUAGGGAUGGGUUUUCACCUUCCAGCAGAACAAGCUUCCCAGACACAUAGCUCUGUAUCUCUUUGUGCUUGUUACACCUUCCAGAGGAGUUGUUUGUACUGUACUGAUACUGUUUAUAUUGAAUAAAUCCUUUCUCCAGCCUCUUUGUUGUGGUGACUGUUUCUGCUGAGCUGGAACAAAGUGGAGGGUACUUACUAAAGCAUUGUGGUGAGACGUGAUCACAAUUUUUUUUAAUCUUUAAUGAAAUGUUUAUUUUGAAAAAAGUGUCUCCUUGGAAUGAGGACACUUCUGCAGGAGCCAAAUUAGAGUCAUCUUAAUGUUCUUGGUUUGCAUGAGGGACAUGAAGCAGGGUUUUGUGCAUCCCCAUGAGCUCCCCUAAGGAUCAGUCCACUGUUAUUUCAGAGUCAAGGAGCACAGCUGACUGUGAGAUAUAAAUGGCUCCUGCUGUGUACUAAAGGAAAAAACCCUUGUGCUUUGGAAGACUUUUAGCUGUUUGGAUUCAUUUUUGACGCAGUGGCAUAUGUACAUUCAAAGAUGUUUCUGUUGGAAAUUGCUGGUGUGACUGUGCUGACUACUUUUGCCACUUCAGGUGGUUCCUCGACACAAAGCUGUGAAGAGAAACAUCUAUCUCUCAUGGCUUUCUACUGUAAGAAAAUAUAAUGAUUGGAUUUGUUGCAAUAAACUGUUGCAUGAUUAUCAUUUCUUCUGGCCUGCCUAGAUGAGACAACUUGUCCUCAUCUCCCCCUGAAACGUCCAAGAAUGUUUGAAGUACGUAGCUGUGACUUUCUCAACAGGGAUUAUGGUUUGAAUUGUGACAGGGAGGAUCCAAUAAUUUUACAGUUUGGUACAAAGACUAGAACUGAAUCAUACUGAGUAGUAUUUAUACAUUCCUUCUUGAGCUAAGCAGGCUCAUGGGCAGUGUGUUUGCUAUAUUAACCCUGUCCAGAUAUGCCUUGACCCACAGCCUGAAAUGAUCCUCUUGGUCACAGGAGUUAAGUAGAUGCUUUGAACUUGAAUGUUGAUCCUCCAGUGAGUGAGCUAGGGUUGUCUUAUAGUGGUGUGGUUUUUGUCAAGGUUCUUGGCUUGAGAAGGGAACUGAAAUGACUUUGAUUAAGACCACAGAGUGUAAAUAACACUUCUGAAACCACUUCUAAUCAUAGCAUCCUAACAUGAGCUAAUAUUUUCAGGGGGGAGGAGGCCUCUUGUUUCUUUGAUUUUGUAUGCUUAGCAGUCCAUUGUAAUACCUCAUAUUCUUCAGAUAUCUCUUAUUUCUUCCAUUUGCCACCAGAUUGGCAUGGUUACUGUGUUGUUCUUUGGUAGACCAGAUGUUCUGGUGCACAUCUCAGCCCUACAGCUGUGUGGUUUUUUUUUUUCAGCCUGGAUGUAAAUGCUUAUUCUUUAACAAUACUAUUUAACUGAGUUGAUGAGAAAAAAAGGCAGAGAGGUGAGGAUAUCUGAGAGGUUUCCACCAUGAUCCUCAGUACCAUUUGGUAGAAAACCUUCUUGAUCCUAAGGAUUUUUGUAGACUCAGGGAAAAGUUCAGGCAAGGCUGCUUUUGGUUCCUUUGACUCUACAUGAGGGCUCACAUAGGGCAGAAAGUGAGAAGUGGAUUCAAAUGUACUCGAAAGACCCGGACCUAUCAACUACUUGUUAUUUGAAGGCUCCCCCUAGUAAUAGCAGGUAAACAGAGGAGACCCAAAUUGUUUUUCUCAUAGGGUAGUGGUUUUGUUUGCUGAACCAAAACUUCAGUGUCCUGUAAGACCUAAAUAUCUUUAACCUGCCCAGCAUAUAGCUUUCAGCAGCUCUUUUGAGUAUGUAGUUUGAGCAAUAAAUUUGUUCUGGGUUUGAAAUCGGAACUCAUUAAUUUGAAAAGUUGUUGGAAUCAAAAUAUUGGAGGGCAAAUAAUGAUAAAUGUUUUACAAAGUAUCUCAAGUAUUUCAGUCCACAGGAAGUGUUGUGAAACCUGGGAUUUCCUGUUCUUAUUUAAUUUUUUUCAUAGGAUAAAUAUUGAAAUGUUUGGAAAGGAAAGAUACCAAGUGGAAAAGUGAACUGCUCGGAGAGCUGGAAGGCAACUGCUCCUAUAGCCAGCACAGACUCUGGCUGUGCUCUGUGUCCCACUCAUGAAUAAGUCGGUGCAAUUCCCAAGGCAGAAAACCACCUCCAUAAUCUCCCUCCCAUGUGGGAGCAGCCAUGGUUGAAGUACAAACCCUUCCUGAGCACAGGGACCUACGUGAGACAGAGCACACCAAGGCAGGCUGCUGAGGAGCCUUUUGGUUGUUUUUGUCACCAGGUAUUUUAAAUAGGUUGUAAUUAUCCAGAUCCCACUGAGUUUGGUUUCUACGACUCCCUUCUCUCUUCUGAGUGUUUCUAAGGAAUGGUAUUUGUAAUCACUUCAGGUUAGUGGAAGUUUAAUUUACCAGUAGUGCCUUAUUGUGACCACUUUUUUUCUAUCAAGCUUGCUCAAUUCAUAUUUGCGAUAGUUCUGGAUGUUCUUUCAGGGAGACUAUCUUCCCAUCUCACUGUCUCCGUAGCUGAACUACUACAACAAUUUAACUCAAAUCUGUUAAGCAGAGUAGCCUUAACACCAUGCCUGUUGAACAAUGAUCUUCUCUGCUAUGCUGGUGGCACGUGCCACACAGAAGAAGCUGUUUUUUAAUCACUCAGUUCUCUGAAUCCCAUUUCUGCAUCAAUUUCUCAAGGGCAACUGGAUAGAAGUAGUAGAAUAGCAGAGCUACCACUGCAUAAUUUCAAAGUGGUCACCAAAGGAGGAGUGAAAGAGUUUCAUCGUUAUAAGCUAGGGCUGGAGCAGCGUUAGGUUAUUGUGUUUAAUAUCUAAAUGCUGAACACUCAAGCGUUGUUUCUUGAGGCAGAACGAUGCAGGUAGCUUGAAGGAGGAACGCUGAAAAGGAGGAUGGUGAAAUAAAAUAGCAAAGGUUUUAAUAUAGUUAUAUUUAUUUAUUUAUUGGGAGUUUUAGUAGGCAAACCGUGUACAGGGCUGCUUGGUUAUGUCUCACUUUUGGAAACCAGUGCUGUUUUCUUACCUUUUUUUUUUUUUUUUUUUGCCUUGUGAAAUGCCCACGGUCUUUUGAGCUAUCGCCCAUUCUCGCAGUGAUGUUUAUCCUAUGCCUUGUCCUCCUGUUUCAUAUGCCCAGCACUAUCACAGCUCUGCUGAAUGAGGUCCCAGCCUAACUACAAUAUUAACCCUGCAAAUCUGUUCAUUUUCUCCCGAGCAGCCCUGGGCAGGAUAUACAGGAGAAUGUGUCCAAUUGAAAAACUAUUACAGGCUCCACAGUGCUGCAGUCUGCUAAAUUGUUACAGGGCUGUGUUUUUCUGACUGAGAGGAUCCCAGUAAGGGGGUGAUGAUGUCUAUUUCAUAUAAGUUGCGGAAUUUAUUUCUCUCUUUGGUCUCAGCUUUCUUUGUUGGCUUUUCAAAUUGUUUGCCUGCUUUUGAGCACUGAAAUGCGUUCCCUACCCCACCGUGAGCGCUUUAUCCUCAGUCGGUAUCGUUUCUUGCCUUCUUAUUUUCACCUUUCCAGUCAUCGUUUUUAAUUUUUUCUUCAUUAUUUUGCUAAGUACCUUGCUGCAGAUCAGUAACAUCUUGGGUGGUGGUUGUACCGCAUAGCAUUUAUAGCAGACAUCAGUUUUGCAUAGCGUGUGUACUGUAUUUUGUCUGGACUUGUCUUCAUUGUGCUGCAGGCACCUCCUCAAGCAAUUGUAGUGAUUAAGAGUGGUAUUUCUGCAAAUUUAUAUUAACUUCUGCUUAUGUAGAAACGGGGAGGGGGGGGGGGGAAAGGCAAAACAAGCAGCACCCCCCUGGACCCCAACAUCUAAACCAGGCGUUUUUCUUCAUCCUCUUCAUUUUUAUCAGUAUUUGACCAAAGCUUUGCUUUUGUGUAUGAAAGAAAAUUAGUUAAGUACCUUGUGGUUUAUAGAUGCCUUUUGUUACGUAUUACUUGAAUUUAUUGUGCAACGCUGGCCUGUAAAUCAUUUCGGUGAGACGUUUACCUGGCUCACGUUGCCUGUAUGGUUUGAAUCUUUAGCAGCCAUGAAAAACAUACGUGUUUUCAACGGCCAAGGGCUUCGCCAGUCCAAAUUCCCCGUAACUCUGCUUCGGCGAGGCUUAGUACCCAGCUCUGUGAGAUGUUUACAAAGAAGCCAUUAGGUUUUGCAGCUAAAAGACGUGUUGAAAGAACAAAGAGAGUUUUGUGAUGAAGUGUAUCUGACUUCUCGCUGCUUUGCUUACCUUUUAAAUGUAAAACUGUGUAAUUUGCAAGGGCUUUUAUUUCUCAGGGCAUCUCUAUAAGAUUCCACCAGCGUGGAGCUUUCCUUCAGUAGAAAGCGCGGUCGUCCCAAAACCGCUCUCGAACGCAUUUCUAUUUUAAUCCCCAGCUUUGAAUACAGCCUGCCUUACUGGCUCGGGCAAAUGGCUCUGCCCUGCCCCACCCCGCCGGGUGCGCAGACGAGGAGCACGCUGCUCGCUGGCGUUACAUCCCUGCCUUUGUGACUAAAAGUUGGUUUCAUCAGCAUCAGCUCCCGCUCCACUUUGGGAGUCCGCCUGCCCGGGGAAGCCGCUCAGACCCGCCGCCUAUGUGGGGCACGCAGGGGCAGCUCUCGCCAUCCGUGUAACUUUUAAAUGGAAGAUGUCUUUCUCAAAGGCUGCCGAUGUCCAGUGGUGUGCAGCGCGUGAGCAGUUGACUAGUCCAGGUGUUUCUGCUUCUGUUUCCGUGCUAUGUGAGUUGGAAAUUCGAGAGAAGAGUGUGCAGAAUGGAGGAGUUGAGGGUUCGUAUUUCUCUUCUGACUGCAUAGCGAUGACGGAGGGCUUGGGAAGGAGCGUAAAUUCUACCUGUGGGUUUUAAUUAAAGAAAAUAGUAAUUGUUCUUAGUCUUUCUGUCUGCGGCUCGUGGUGCUUUUGUCAGAGACUUUAUCAGCUCUGAAAUACGAGAAUGAGCGUCUUUCUCUCUUCUGUACGGGUCGUCUGUCAUAAGCAGUGUUCAGGAGGAACUUGUAUCAAACGUGAUUUCUACUUUGUGGGCUUGAUCGUUGCAUUCUGCCACGCUUUGCCUAUUUGAAACGCAGCCAGUUGAGACUUUCGCAGAUGGAUUGAUUUUAAAAACUGCCAAGAUUUGUCUGUGCUUUAAUAAGAUGAAAAUGGACAGUCGGCCCAAUAUGUCAAGACCUCUGAUCACUAGAUCCCCUGCAUCUCCAUUGAACAAUCAAGGCAUCCCCACUCCAGCACAACUCACAAAAUCCAACGCACCAGUUCACAUUGAUGUGGGUGGGCACAUGUAUACCAGCAGCUUGGCCACGCUUACAAAAUAUCCCGAUUCCAGAAUCGGCAGGCUCUUUGAUGGCACAGAGCCCAUCGUCCUCGACAGCCUCAAGCAGCAUUAUUUCAUCGACAGAGAUGGGCAAAUGUUCAGAUAUAUCUUGAAUUUUUUAAGAACAUCGAAACUCCUCAUUCCUGAUGAUUUCAAGGACUACAGUUUGUUAUACGAAGAAGCAAAGUAUUUCCAGCUUCAGCCCAUGCUAGGAGAGAUGGAAAGGUGGAAACAAGACCGGGAGAGUGGCCGCUUCUCAAAGUCUUGUGAAUGCCUGGUGGUGCGUGUUGCCCCAGAUCUCGGUGAGAGGAUCACACUGAGUGGUGAUAAGUCAUUGAUAGAAGAAGUGUUUCCAGAAAUUGGUGAUGUGAUGUGUAAUUCUGUCAAUGCCGGCUGGAAUCAUGACUCGACGCAUGUCAUCAGAUUUCCACUGAAUGGAUACUGCCACCUCAACUCAGUUCAGGUCCUUGAGAGGUUACAGCAAAGAGGAUUUGAGAUUGUUGGCUCGUGUGGAGGUGGAGUGGACUCUUCCCAAUUCAGUGAAUACGUACUGAGACGAGAACUCAGAAGGACAUCUCGUGCACCCUCCGUCAUUCGAAUAAAGCAAGAGCCUCUGGACUAAAAUGGACAUGUUUCUUUAUGCAAAAAAAAAAAAAAAAAAAAAAAAGGAAAAAAAAAAAAGAGAGGAAAAAAAGGGGGACGUUUCAUGUGCAGUUUGGACUCCAAACAAGUCCUGGAAGUAAAACUGAAUAAAAGACACAUUUAUAUCAAAUAUAGAGACCACACCUGAAUUCAUAUGGGAACACUUGGAAUAGUAGUAAUAAUAAAAACCUCAAGGUGUAGAAGAAAACACACACACACACAUAUAUAUAUGUACCUACAUACAUAUAUAUAUAUGUAUGUAUACAUCAAAGGGUAGGAAAUGAAAUGACAAACAAGUGGUAGAUGAGGUUGGUGCUGUGAUGGCCAUUAAGUGUCCUAAGCCUUCCUUGGGCCCACUUAACGGUGUACAAGCCAUUACCAUGGGGGGGAUUCGUACACAGCUCAUAACACAUUUUCCAUUGCCACUCAUCCACUUUUUAAUGUCUACACACCUUGAUUCAACUCUACUUGCAUAUGGAGGUUUAUGUCUGUCUUUUAGAGGUGGAUGGGCAGGCGUUCAGGAGACGGCCAUCCAUUGCAUUGAAAAGCUACUCAAAUGAAAUUUUAAGUGUAGUUUGUACAGAAGUCGCACACGUUUUGUCUGCCCUCACAGAUGUGAAAGCUUAACUUUUCUUUUGAAUGAAUUUUUUGUUGGGUUUUUUUUGUUUGUUUUCCAUUUUGUUUUGUGUUUUUUUCAAAGGGGGCCAGAAAAAUUAAUAUUUGGUAGAGACGCUCUGGUUUGAAUCUGCUGCUUUCCUACAAUUUUUCAAAUUUUAUAAUGUAUUAAAUACAAUAAACUCUGUUUAAAGUAA